CAAAGACAGACUUUUGUUUUGAAAUAUCUCCAGUUUUGCAUUCCCAAUGUUCCCAGGCUCACACACGGGAGCGCUAGUGUUGGUCCAGCUACCAAGCUCUCUUUGGGACUGGCAGAAGAUAAAGCUGACCUGCUGAAAUGAGUUUCCUCGGUGGUCUGUUUGGUCCUGUGUGUGAGAUUGAUGUCGUACUCAAUGAUGCCGAGAGCAGAAAAACAGCAGAGCUGAAGACAGAAGAUGGGAAAGUGGAAAAACAUUAUUUAUUUUAUGAUGGAGAGUCAGUUUCUGGAAAGGUAAACCUCAGCGUAAAACAAAGUGGCAAGCGGCUUGAACAUCAGGGAAUUCGGAUAGAGUUUGUCGGACAGAUUGAACUGUUCAGUGAUAAAAGCAACACACACGAGUUUGUGAACCUGGUGAAGGAGCUUGCUCUUCCAGGAGAGCUGACCCAGAAUCGCAGCUAUGACUUUGAGUUCAUGCAAGUGGAGAAGCCAUACGAGUCCUAUGUUGGAGCUAAUGUGCGACUGAGGUAUUUCCUCAAAGUAACCAUAGUGAGAAGGCUUUCUGAUUUGGUCAAGGAGUAUGACCUAAUUGUCCAUCAGCUUGCCACCUACCCAGAUGUCAACAAUUCCAUCAAGAUGGAAGUGGGCAUUGAAGACUGCCUUCACAUAGAGUUUGAGUACAACAAGUCCAAAUACCACCUAAAAGAUGUAAUUGUGGGUAAAAUCUACUUUCUACUAGUUCGAAUCAAAAUCCAACACAUGGAGCUUCAGCUAAUCAAGAAAGAAAUGACAGGAAUUGGGCCGAGCACAACUACAGAGACAGAAACUGUGGCUAAGUAUGAGAUUAUGGAUGGAGCACCAGUGAAAGGUGAGUCCAUACCCAUACGCCUCUUCCUGGCCGGCUAUGACCUCACAGCUACAAUGAGAGAUGUAAACAAGAAGUUCUCUGUGAGGUACUUCCUAAAUCUGGUGCUGGUGGAUGAAGAGGACAGGAGAUACUUCAAACAGCAGGAGAUUGUUUUGUGGCGAAAAGCCCCUGAAAAGCUCAGAAAACGCAACUUCCACCAGCGUUAUGAGUCCCCAGAGUCACGACCGAGCCUUUCUGCUGAACAGCCUGAAAUGUGAGCAAGCAGCCAGCCAUGGACACGUUUCCGCAGUGGCCAAUCACAGGAGAGGAGAGCAAAUCCCACCAAACAUCUCCACCUCCACUCCUCGCAGCUUGCGGUGAUCGGCUGUGUCUGUGCCUGCCUUCGCUGUGUCCACUCCGCCGUCCACAGCAACCAGUUUGUUAGCAUUUAAGGACUUCUUCCACACUAUAGAAAGCACUGGAACAGAAGUUACUAUGUAAAAUCCUGUAGUACAGUUUGGGGCUUGCACCCUUCAAUAGAAGAAGAUUUUUAAAGCACUUGCUAGUUUUUGAAGCUCCAGAUAGAUCAAUGCCAUCCAGGAUAUAAAAGUAUAUAUAUUUUACUUGACUUCACUUUAGAGAGGAUACCACUGCAUGCUGGCUGAUUGAAAUCAAUUUUUGUUUAUUAGAGGUGAAUGUUGGCUGUGGACUCAUUGUUCAACAGUCAAGAAAUGAAAUGUGUUCUGCGUGUACCCAGGCCACAGUGCCAUACCAAUUUUUGCAAUCACAUUACUAUGUAAAAAAAAAAAAAAAAAAAAAAAAACUAUUUAACUUAUUUAGCAUCUAAUCUUUAGACCUUUACUGCAAUAGAUAAAUUCUCCAUAUUGUAAUUACUUUUUGGAAAAAUGAAAGAUAUAUAUAUAGCAUUAAAAUAUUCAAAAAUUUUUUUGCACGAGGCUUUGGAUUUAAAACUGUUCAGAAUGAUGAGUUUUCCUUUAGGAUGGAAUUACGUGUGCAGCUUGUGAAAUGUACAGCCCAUGGGGUCUAGAUGGUUAUGUUCAGAGUUAGCCACAUAGAAUGGCACACUUAAAUAUUCUUAUUUUUAUUUCUUAACUUGUUGAUAUCACUCAAUCCCAUAGCAGACCUAUAUACAGGCUGCACUGCUUUUCAUUUUAGAGUAUUAACUGUUUCCCUUUUUUGAAUAUCACAUGCAGCCAUUUCAUCCAUUUGUUUCAAUGUACAAGUGACCAUAAGCUUCUGAUGAAAUGAGUCAUGUUUGUUGCAUGACCUAUUCAAGGUUCCGGUAUAACAAAGUGUUCAUCAAAUUUUCAUUCUGUCGCUAAUGUGCAAUGUGCCGGUUUUCUCUAGGACGGUGAGAAAAUACAUUCCUUUGGAUGUUGAUUUACCAGCAUAUAAGCCAUUAGGGUUAUGAUAUGAACAAUACUCAUGUUUAUAAGUUAAACAGUACUAUAGGAAUGGCAUUUCCCACCUACAAUGGCUGCUGCAGUAAUGCAUUACAAAAUAUUAGAAAUGGAGUGAAGCAGGUGAAAAAUUAGUUGUUAGUGGACCUUGAAAAAAUGUACAUAUCCAGCCUUGAUAUGUUUAUCUGUCAAAUAAAAAUGCAAGUUUAUACUGGUAAACAAA